AUGAUUGCAAAAUGCGCUCAUUCUCUCGUACGAAGGAAUUUGUUCUUUUUAACAAAUCCAGCAACGACACGACUAAAGGAGUACCAGGAGAAACGUGUUGUCGGGUAUACAGCGGAGGAAAUGUUCGCUGUUGCAGCAACUGUUGCCGAAUAUCCUGAAUUUGUACCCUGGUGCCGAGCUGUUGAUGUUAAGGAGCAUUCACAAAAUCUGUAUACAGCCCAUGUUCAAAUAGGAUUCCCACCAGUUUAUGAAACAUAUACAGCAAGAGUCACAACUGUUCGACCAAAAAUUGUUCACGUAAGUUGCCCAUUCUGUUGUUGUUUCUUAUACGCUGAAAAAUUGAAUAAUGGAUGUUUUGAUAGUGAUAAGAGCGUGAUAAUAGUGCGUAUGAUACUAUAG